GACAUGGAGGCGUGAAUCAACUUGGGGGUGUUUUUGUGAACGGUCGCCCCCUCCCCGACGUCGUUCGCCAAAGGAUCGUGGAGCUCGCCCACCAAGGGGUCCGGCCGUGUGACAUCUCCCGGCAGCUCCGCGUCAGCCAUGGCUGUGUCAGCAAAAUACUUGGCAGGUAUUACGAAACUGGGAGUAUUAAGCCUGGAGUGAUUGGAGGAUCAAAACCAAAGGUCGCCACGCCCAAAGUUGUCGAAAAAAUCGCAGAGUACAAACGCCAAAAUCCCACCAUGUUUGCCUGGGAGAUCAGGGACAGACUCCUUGCUGAGCGAGUGUGUGACAACGACACCGUGCCCAGCGUCAGCUCCAUUAACAGGAUCAUACGGACGAAGGUGCAACAGCCACCCAAUCAGCAGGUCCCAGCCUCCAGCCACAGCAUAGCCUCCACAGGAUCUGUCACUCAGGUGUCCUCUGUCACCACCGACUCUGCAGGCUCAUCCUACUCCAUCAGUGGGAUCCUGGGAAUCGCCUCCCCUGGCACUGAGAGCAACAAGCGCAAGAGGGAUGAAGGUAUUCAGGAAUCUCCAGUACCGAAUGGCCAUUCUCUCCCGAGCAGAGAUUUUCUCCGGAAACAGAUGCGAGGAGACCUUUUCACCCAGCAGCAGCUAGAAGUGUUGGAUCGUGUCUUCGAGAGGCAACAUUACUCCGACAUUUUCACAACAACUGAGCCCAUCAAACCAGAGCAGGCAACUGAAUACUCAGGCAUGGCCUCGCUAGCUGGUGGAUUGGAUGACAUGAAGGCCAAUAUAACCAGCCCUACUUCUGCGGAUUUGGGAGCAAGUGUCCCUGGGCCUCAGUCCUAUCCUAUCGUCACAGGUAAGCAAUUUUCCAGCACUGAUAAGUGUCAUGAAAUGUUUCUGCCUGCAGGAUGA